AUGUCAACAAACUACCCCGAAUCGGGCGACAAGCGCUCCAACUCUAGGAGCCGAAACUCGCGGCCUACGACGCCUCUCAGGCCCUCUUCCAGGUCUUCGUUUCGCGACUCUGCUCGAGGUGCAGGCGAUGGCGACGCACCCUUCCCUUUAAAUACGUUCGAACCGGCCUUUGCCGAACUUUCAGAUGCCAUGGCCGACCUCGAGGCGAAUAUGAUGCACUUCCAGCUUAUGCACGAAAGUUUAGCCCGCUUCAGCGAAUCGUUUGCUAGCUUCAUGUAUGGUCUCAAUAUGAAUGCAUUUUGUGUUGAUUUUCCAGAGGCCCCUGUUCCCGAAUCCUUCGCCCGAGAUAGAUCACGAGACGAUCAGGGUGGUACCGCACACUCUCGAUCAGAAAUUGAUGGCGAAACUACAUUCAUGCAAGCCAUGCCUGUAUAA